AUGGCAAGGGCCUAUACCAUCAUCAAUAUGCUCAUGGUUACAUUGUUUGUGACGAGAUCAAUAUCAUCCCAGAUUAAUGCGUGUACUGCAACACAAAUUUAUGGAUUUAAUUAUUGCGGUGAUUCUCCGACUUCGUACCCAUGGGUUUCUCCAUCAAAAUUUUGUUGCCAAAAAAUACAAAAUAACAAAAUGAAAUGUAUAUGUCAGAGUGUCACAAAAGUCAUGGAAGACGUAAAUAAACUUCCUAAACUCUCUCACGCUUGCAACAAUAUAUUGGUCCCUGGGUCUUACUGCGGAAUUUACAGAGUUCCUCGUGGCGCAUGA